AUGUGCCCCGGCCCAGAUCCCAUGUCCCCUGUAAUGAUCGUCACUUUGUUAAUCCUCACGCUGUUUUUCUACGGCAAUGAAGAAUCGUCUUCGCUGGUCACUGGAUCUCGUUCGAUUCUACGGUCGAUCGACGAUAAGGCCGAGAAACCCGAUUAUGCGGUGGAAUUAAACGCUACCAACUUCGAUUCUGUGUUGAAGGACACCCCUGCUACUUACACCAUUGUUGAGUUCUUUGCGCACUGGUGUCCUGCUUGCAGAAACUACAAGCCACAAUAUGAAAAGGUUGCAAAGAUUUUUAAUGGAGCAGAAGCUGUCCAUCCAGGGACAAUAUUGAUGACCAGAGUAGAUUGUGCCUUGCAGAUAAAUAGUAAUCUUUGUGAUAAGUUCUCCGUGGGGCACUACCCGAUGCUUUUAUGGGGCCCACCGACUAAGUUUGUGUCUGGAAAAUGGGACCCGAAGCAAGAAAAAGGUGAUAUACGCUCUAUUGAUGAUGGACGUACAGCCGAUCGCUUGCUCACCUGGAUUAAUCAACAAUUGAACAGUUCAUAUGGCUUGGAUGAUGAGAAAUUCGAGAACGAACACCUCCAGAAAAAUGCAUCAGAUAUUGGAGAGAUUGCACGAGCUAUAUAUGAUAUUGAGGAGGCAACAUCCACUGCUUUUGACAUCAUUAUAAACCACAAGAUGAUCAAACCAGAGACUCGAGCAUCAUUUGUAAAAUUUUUUCAACUUUUGGUGGUCCAUCACCCAUCUAAAAGAUGCCGGAAGGGUACUGCAGAAAUACUUGUUGAUUUUGAUGAGUUUUCCGCCAAGGAAAUUGGAAGUGGUCAGAAGGAAGCACUCAAGAAUUAUCAAAUUUGUGGGAAAGAGGUUCCUCGUGGAUACUGGAUGUUUUGUCGUGGGAGCAAGAAUGAGACCAGAGGUUUUAGUUGCGGUCUGUGGGUUUUAUUGCAUUCGCUUUCUGUUAGAGUUGACGACGGAGAGAGCCAGGUGGCAUUUACCACAAUAUGCGAUUUCAUUCAUAAUUUUUUCAUCUGCGAAGAGUGCCGUCAACAUUUUUAUAGCAUGUGUUCAAGUGUUUCUGGCCCUUUGAAGAGAUCACGUGAUUUUGUCAUUUGGUUAUGGGAAGCUCACAACAAAGUCAAUGAACGACUCCGAAAGGAGGAGGCAAAUCUGAAGACAGGCGACCCACAGUUCCCAAAAACCAUUUGGCCCCCACAACAGCUCUGCCCUUCUUGCUACAAAAACAUAAAAAGUGACACUAUCGACUGGGACCACGAUGAGGUCCACAAGUUCUUGACAGAUUAUUACGGAAAUACCCUCGUGAGCCUUUACAAGGACAAGGAGGAGCAACUCGCGCAAAAAGGGAUUGAGAGUGUGCUGGCUGAUGAUCUGGCAGCCUCGGUGUCGACACAUGCAGUGGUGGUCCCUGUGGGGGCCGCUCUGGCUAUAGCUGUUGCCAGCUGUGCAUUUGGAGCUCUCGCGUGCUACUGGCGCCAACAGCAGAAGAGCCGGAAGCCAAGGAGAAGCUGGAACGGGUAUAGUUAG